AGAAAUCCAUUUAUAUUUGGUGGAAAUUCCAGUUCCCUGACGUCAGAUGUAUUCGUAUUUCACUUUGGAAAUAACUCGGAUAAUAAUAAUUUACAGCUAGAACUUAAUUUAGAAAACAAGGUCAACAACACAAAUAAUUCAUUUCUUCGAUUAUUCCAAGGACAACUGACUGAUGAGAUGAUAUUUUACAAGUUUACUGUAUCAAAUGACGAUGACGUCAUAAUUAUCUUUUUAAAGCCUCAAAAUUUUACUUUGGAUUUGUCCAGGCUUUCUUUGUUUGAAAUAUAUAUUUCUGAAAAUCCAUUUCCUUCAAAUUAUUCGACGAAGGAUAAUGGCUUCCAGGCGUCCACCACGGUAAGAAACUGGGAUGAAGAAUAUGGAUUUAAAGUUUUUGUUCCAUCGGGCGUUUGUUUAAAAGGCCACUGUUAUCUCGGAAUACAACCAUUAGGAGUUGCAGAACUUGUCCGAGACUUAGAAAAAAAGAAUGAGCAAAAUGAAACCCUGUCCCCUAACUUUCAACUUCUUGUAAUUACCACAACUUGCAGAUCAUGGGACAGGGUUAAACAAGCCUGGAUAUCUGAUAGCUGCACUGUUCUACCGUUGUCAACAAUAAACAAUACCGUGUGCAGGUGCCCUGGCAAUACCUUCUCUACAACGUUUGUCGUUCCACCAAACGCAAUAGAUUUCCGGACAGUCUGGGGGAAGUUUGAUCCAAAGAAUGGGGCUGUGUAUGGCUCGCUGAUCGUGUUAAUGGUGUUUUAUGUAGCAGCAUUGCUUUUACUGAAAAGGGAAGAUAAAAAAGAUAUGAAUAGGUGGAGGAUUUCCUUUUUGUGCGAUCACGACUCCCAGGACGAAUACUUCUACACGCUGACCGUUACUACGGGGUUCAGAAGACACGCGGGUACAUCAUCAAAUAUCCAUUUCGUACUCACUGGCACCGAGGAUGAUACCGGCAUUCGUAUUUUAAACGACGGAGAGCGAGAGACAUUUACGACAGGAAGUGUUUUUACAUUCCUUUUUGGAACAAAAUCGAAUUUGGGAACAUUACAGUUUUUAAGAAUAUGGCACGAUAAUUCUGGAAAAGGGAGUCUUCAAGACUGGUUCUUAAGCAAUAUUGAAAUAGUAGACCUUCAAACAAAUGAAAAAUAUAUAUUUGCUUGUGAUAAAUGGUUGUCCCUCUACAAAGAUGAUUGCGUCAUCGACCGAAUAAUUGGAGUAGCUACAGUAGAUGUGGCAAAGUCAUUUCAUUUUCUUUUUCCGAAGAAUUUUCAAGUCAAUAUAACAGAACAUCAUAUGUGGUUGUCAUUAGUUUACCGUCCCAAGAAAACUAAGUUUACCAGAGUACAGAGAUUGUCGUGUCUACUCGCGCUUCUUCAUUUGAACAUGGUAUCAAAUGCAAUGUUCUACAAGUCUCCAUCAGACGACACGUCGGAAAGUUAUGUUGAAUUCGGAGGUUUUCAGUUUUCACCAUCAAUACUAUACGUUUCUCUUAUGAGCAUAAUUAUCACAACUCUGCCUGUGCUACUAUUGGCUAUGCUUUUCCGCAAAAGGAAGAUUAAAAAGUGUGUGCAUACAGGCUCAGAAGAAAGCAAAAAUGGUUUUUCGAUUCCUCCAGAUGUCGUAAAUGAAAAGGAAGACGGCUUACCCUACUGGGUUGUCUAUGUUGCAUGGAUCUUUCUUGCGUUGACUGUGUUGAGUUCAGCAUUUUUUCUCAUUUUAUACAGCAUGGAAUGGGGAAAAGAGAAAUCAGAGGAAUGGCUGUUAUCCUUUGUUUUGUCUUUCCUAGAAUCCGUUGUUUUAGUGGAUCCUUUGAAGGUUCUUUUGAUGGCCGUUUUAUUUGCUACACUAUUAAAGACAGCCAUGUCUGAGGAAUCAUCAAAUAUAUCCCUGCAAAAACUUAAGAAAUACUCGAAUAAACAGAUUUUAUCUCACAAAUACGAUUUUGCAGUUUUUGCCAGCAGAGUACUCUCCAAACAAGAACCCCUCGGAGAACAAGAUAUAAAUAAAAUCAGAGAACAAUACAAACAAGAAAAGAGAGUGAAGAAAGCUGUUAAAAGUCUUAUUUUAAAUGUUGUUUUUCUAUUGGCAAUUUACACCAUCAGCUUUGUUGAGAGGGAUACCAACUCUUAUUCCUACAAGAAUAAUAUAGACAAUUAUCUUCAAACUGGUGAUUUGUCUUCAAUAAGAGAAAUACCAGAUGUUGUUACCUGGUUAAAUGACACCUUCAUUCCAACAUUCUACCCGGAAAAAGAUUAUGCAGAUAAUGACCUUGAUACCUUGGAGAAACAGUGGUUUGGUGACAGGUCUAGUAUAAGAGUUGGUCCCGCUCAGCUGCGCCAAUUAAGAAUGAAAACAGAUGCAUGUCCUGUUAUGAAUUUAAUUCCAUCGUAUCCAUGCUAUGAACAUUACUCAAUCGCUGAAGCUGAUACUUCACAGUAUUGCAUAGGAUGGAAGAAACUGAAUCCUUCCUGUCUAGAAGAGACGGAAAGUGACCGGUAUUUCACCAAAACGUCUUGGAGCUACACUAGCGCAGAAGACAUCUGGGGCAUACCAUAUACCGGCGAGUAUAAUACUUACGAUGGUGGUGGAUACCUUAUAAAAUUUACAAAAGACAGAUAUCAGGCUCGUAUGAUGUUGAACGAAAUUAGCAACUAUAACUGGAUCGACAGAGGCACUCGUGCAGUAUUUAUAGAAUACACUCUGUACAACCCGAAUUCAAAUAUGUUUCUCACUUCUAAGUACUUAACAGAAUUCCUAGAAACAGGGGGUAUUUUUGUAACUUUACAAUCUCAAGCUUUCCGCCCAGUUGCUUUUGUUAGUUCAGCAGGACCAGGGUUGGUUCUAUUUUAUGUCGUAUUUAUUGCCUAUAUCUUCUUUCUAUUAAUAAAAAUCUUAAACAAAUUGAGACGGGGAGGAUGUUUGCAGUUUUUAAGAGUUCCGUGGAAUUGUGUAACAUUGUCGAUAGUGGUUUUAGGGAUUUCAUCUCUGUGUCUCUAUAUUGUACGUAUAAUUUAUGCACAAAAGGCAAUGCGGCUCUUUUACGAUGAUAAAUUGACUGAUGCAAAUCAGUUUAUUAACUUUAAUCACAUCAUUAUCUGGGAUAAUGUUUUGAAUGUUGUGUUUUCGCUUGUGAUUUUUCUUUCAACUAUCAAACUUCUCAAAGUUCUGGGUUAUAACAAGCGACUUACACAAGUAAUUUCUGUCAUUUCUUAUGCUGGGUAUGACAUAUUAGGCUUUAGUAUCAUUUUCAUUUUAACAUUUUUUGGGUUUGUGAUACUGGGCACUUUAUUACUUGGAAGAGAGCUUGAGGAUUAUAAAUCUUUUCUGUAUACUUGUGGAACUUUAUCUAACAGUUUCAUUGGAAAAAAUAAAGUAAGUUCUAUGAUAAGGGCUGCUCCGGUUCUUGCACAAGUUUUCUAUUUUGUGUACAGUGUCUGUGUAAUUAUGACUUUGGUGACGAUUUGCGCAGCCAUACUUAAUUCAAGCAUUUCUGAUGUUAAGUCUUCUGUCCAGCUGGAAACUGAUAAAUUUGGAAUUUCUCACAUGAUCAGAAGGAUGUUGUGCGAUCUGCUUGGUGCUGAAUUCAAAGACAACAAAAAGGUUAUGGAAUCAUACAACCCAGGUAAUUUUAGCGAUUUUGUCCGAAAUGGAGAUUUUAAUACACCUAAUGUCGUCAAACUAAUCCGCGGUACCUUCUAUGAAGCUGUUGACAAGGGCAAUCUGUCAUCAAAGGAAAAAUAUCGAGAGGCUGUUGAAGGCCAUGACGUACUGGGGCAAAAACUUCUCCCUGAUGAUGAAGAGUUUGAGACUGUAAUGAUCUCAAGGGACCGAGAGAAAAUUGUUACAGAAGUCAGUGAUAGAAAUUGUAAUAUUCAGCUCCAUUUUUUCUAACGAUGUUGGUGAAAGGAGAAAACGUGAUUUAAUAUUUUCAGGAAGAAGGGUCCUUGCUUCCUGGAAAUUUUAAUAAUUAAAGACAGUACUAGUAUUUUUUUUUACUGUAUAAAGGGCUACAAGUCACCCGUGUGAACUUGGCAGGCUAUGUGGAUAACACGAAAUAGGAAAACGUUAAACAAAAGGACUUUUAAAUAUACUGUAUAUAUCAUGUUUCUGUAUAUUUUUACGAGUGUCCAAUUUCUAUGUAAAACGCGUGUUUAAUUAAAGUUGUU